AUGAGUGGAUUAGCAAUUCAACGAUUAACUGAAGAAAGAAGAUUAUGGAGAAGAGAACACCCACCAGGAUUUAUAGCAAGACCAAGAACAACAAAAGAAGGAACACCUGAUUUAUUAACAUGGGAUUGUGGAAUUCCUGGAGCAAAAGGAACAGAAUGGGAAGGUGGAAUUUAUCCACUCACAAUGGAAUUUACUGAAGAAUAUCCAACACGACCACCAAAAUGUAGAUUUCCAAAAGGUUUUUAUCACCCAAAUAUUUAUCCAUCAGGAACAGUUUGUUUAUCAAUUUUAAAUGAAGAACAAGAUUGGAGACCUUCUAUUUCAGUUAAACAAAUAUUAUUAGGAAUUCAAGAAUUAUUAAAUACACCAAAUACUUUAUCACCUGCACAACCUGAUGCAUUUAAAGAUAUUACAAAUAAUAAAGAGUUAUAUCAUUCAAAAGUUCAAAAACAACGAAUUCAAUAUGAUCAGGAGAAGUUCACACUUUAA